AAGUAGCCCGGCUUUAUAAGAUUACUCGAAUAAAGUCUUCACACAAGUUGCCGACUUCAUGAGGUUAUAUUUUAAAGAAGAAAAUCUAGUCAGAUUGAGGAGUGCAUAUAUCAACGGGAUAUCGCUAUCCCAUUUUCUUCUACUUCGGAAGCGAUCUGCCGUCCGCCCUCGCGCUUCUUCGGCGACCUCCUCUUCCUCCUUACGGCGCUCGCUUUCGUAGACGAACUCGCCUUCUUGGGUGCCCCUUCGACCUGGCCGACCUGAGCUCUUUGAGGUGGGCCACUGGCUUUGGAAGGCCUAUUGGGUGCUCCAGAUAACGUCUCGGACGAUGCACUCGGCCACGAUCCCUUCGCAAGUUCCUUCCUUCAGGGUCCGUGCAAGGGAUCCUCCUAGCUUGCAUUUUCCUGGGUUUCACAAGUUUUCGAGAAUUACGACAAAAGGUAGAACUUUGUCGACAAAGUGCUGCCUAAGUGUGAGAAGCGAAGGGCUCGAAAGAUUUGAACACUUGAUGGGAGACAAAGAUGCUGUGAUCAUCGUUGAUCAUGGAUCUCGACGGCAAGAAUCUAAUUUUAUGCUGAAUGAGUUUGUUGCAAUGUUCAAAGCUCGGACUGGUUAUAGGAUAGUGGAACCUGCUCAUAUGGAAUUGGCUGCACCAUCAAUCAGGGAUGCAUUCAAAACAUGUGUGCUACAAGGAGCAAACCGAGUUAUGGUUAGUCCAUUUUUCCUCUCCCCAGGACGGCAUUGGCAACAGGAUAUCCCUGCGUUAGCAGCUGAGGCAUCCAGGGAACAUUCAGGCAUAUCCUAUAUCAUCACCGCACCUCUUGGUCUGCAUGAGCUUAUGGUGGAUGUGAUGAAUGACCGAAUAAAGCACUGCCUGAGCCAUGUAGCUGGUGAUGCCGAUGAGUGCACUGUAUGUGCUGGAACUGGAAAAUGUCGUUUAUACUAAGAAAUUGUACUUGGAAGCCCUAAAAAUCCCACUAUAGAGGCAACAGACAGAGGAUCAUAGGAGGAUAAGUGAUAUGGGAGCAUGGGUUUGUAAAGUUAGAUGGUGCAUCGGUAAAUGAGAUUUCAUUCGCCUGUGCCUCUCCCCUCCCCCCCCCCCCCUCCUCCAAAGCCAACAGAGGCAUCAGUUCUGUGUUUCAUUUAACAAUGUAUUCGCCAAAUCCUGAAUUUGUUGAUUUCAGGAGUAUGUAAUAUCUUUGGCCGGUAUAUCUAUUGAAGUGAUGCUCACUGGUGAAUGGUCUUAGCUAUCAUUCUUUGUGCUAA